AUGGAGGGGGCCCAUGACCUCCCAAGAACAAUAAUUUUCCCUUUCCUCCACCCCUGCUUCCAUCUUCAAGGUCGGAGAAACCAGGAAGAGAAAUCCUCCCAUAGACUAGUGAAGGGCUGGUUUGGCCGAACCAUGUCUUUUGUUUCACAGAGUGAGGAGGAACCCAACCUUGGCAAAAUGGUCUCAGACUCAGCAAGCCAUAACACUAUGCCCAUGGAUAUCCUGUAUGUAGUAGAAAGAAUGAACAAGAGCUCAAAAGCGAAUUGCUUACACUUUAGGGAUUCUGUCUUGAUGGAGUAUGCCUUUGGUGGAAUACCUGUUGUGUUCGCCUUGAACGUCACCUUCUGGUUGAUUGCUAUUUUUGUCUACGCCUUCCUCCGAAAAGCAGCCUGGGACUAUGGACGCUUAGGUCUGCUGGCAGAUAAUGAUAGGGCUAGCCUAAUCUCAAUGUUCUAUGGAGAGCAAAGUGAAAAGAUUUCCCCAAUUGAGGAUUCUCUGGAGGAACAGGGAGGAGAUAAUGGCUACUUUUCCUGGUUCGUUAACACUGUACUCAUGAAGAAAGAGAAGCUGGUUAGGAAGUGUGGAGAUGAUGCAAAAAUCUACCUCGAUUUCCAGAUACACCUCAUUUUUCUAUUCUCCUUUCUUUGUGUGCCCUCCUUGGUUGUCAUCCUGCCAAUCAAUUACUCUGGAGAGAUUUUGGACCCAAACACUAACUUUGGCAGUUUCACCAUUGUCAAUGUCUCCAAAAAUUACAAUAUCCUGUGGGUACAUAGUCUAUUCUCCUUUUUCUACUUCCUCAUCACCUUCGCCUUCAUGACCCACCAUAGUCAACAAAUUAAGCCCAAGGAAUCAACGAUGACAAAAACCCUGAUGAUCACUUACAUUCCCAAGGAAAUUUCAGACCCUGAAAUCAUCAUGAAACAUUUUCAUGAGGCCUAUCCCACAUGCAAAGUGGUUGGAGUCUACUUCUGUUAUGAUCUCAAAAAAUUGAUAGAAUUGGAUAACCAAAGACAAUUUGCAAUGAAAGGUCGUCUCUUUUAUACCUUAUAUCGUCAGACAAAAGGGAAAAAGAUGAUCCGUGUGCACCCUUGUUCCUGUAUCUGCUUCUGCCAUUUCUGCAAAUGCUUCAAGGAGGUGGAUGCUGAGCAAUAUUACAGUGAAUUGGAGGAGAGGUUGACUGAUGAAUUCAAUGCUGAACGGAGCCAAGUCUAUCAGAAGCGUUUGGAUGUGGCUUUUGUCACCUUUCAGAGUGAAAAGUCAACAUCUGUCGUCCUAAAAGAUUACAAGUGGAGUUCCUGUGGCAAAAGUCCACAACAAUCUUCAGUGACAUCAGAGAUCCAGUCUCACAAAUGGAAGGUCUACUACGCCUCUCAUCCUAAGGACAUUAUUUGGGAGCAUCUACGCCUCCGUGGAUUUUAUUGGUGGGCACGUUUCUUCUUUAUCAAUGCUUGCCUCUUUUUCCUGAUCUUCUUCCUCACCACACCAAGCAACAUCAUGACCACCAUCAUCACGCUCAAUGUCACUCAACCCAUCCAGAAUGUCAAGAAUCCCAUUAUAACUCAAUUCUUCUCCUGUGUGCUAUUAUGGGCUUGCACUGUGAUUCUUCCUUUUAUUGUCUACCACUCUUCCUUUUUGGAGAAACAUUGGACCAGGUCAACUCGAAAUCUGUUCACAGUAUUUAAGUGUCACUUUUUUCUAGUAUUCAUGGUGAUCAUCUUGCCCUCAUUGGGACUGACCAGUUUGAAUGUUUUCUUCAGAUGGCUCUUUGAUAGCACCUUUUUAGAUAAGGCAUCUGUGAAGUUCCGGUGUGUUUUCCUUCCUGACAAUGGGGCCUUCUUUGUUAACUAUGUCAUCACCACCAGUCUGAUUGGCAUGGGCUGUGAACUGCUGCGUGUGGAGUCACUUUUGUUCUAUGCAGUACGUCUCUUCUUCUCACAAUCUGAAGCCCAACGAAUAAACAUCAGGCAGAAUCAAACCAUAGCUUUUGAGUAUGGACGGGAAUAUUCUUGGAUUUGUUGUGUCAUCGGUGUUGUGAUGUCAUAUAGCAUCACCUGCCCCAUCAUUGUCCCUUUUGGGCUGCUUUAUGUCUGUAUGAAGCAUAUUACUGAUAAGUACAACUUGUAUUAUGCCUACGCCCCCACCAAGCUCAAAGAAGACUUCCACUUGGUGGGUGUUUACCAGGUGAUGCUGGCACCCAUCCUUGCUAUAUUAUGGCUACUCUUCUUCACCAUGGCCCAUCUAGGUUUCCAUCCCAUCACUCUUUUUACCCUUACAAUCCUCUUCAUUUCCAUCAUGAUUUCCUUCGCUAACGCUUGCCUUGGGAAGUUUUGGAGGAAAGAGUCUGUCUAUAAGGAGGAAAGAGAAUUUGAAGGAGAAAAUUUACAAAGACUUUUUUCUACCCCUUUCUUCUUGGCCAAUUUGUAUGUGGCCCCAGUGCUCCAGGAACUGGAGAUGAGCCUGACUCCAGCCACCUCUCCAGGUCGUCAAUCCUAUGGUACCAUGAGCAGCCAGCUUGAUGCCUUGGAUGUGGAGGAGGAAAGUGGGCCACAGAGUUUUUCAUCAGAAGUGGGGACUGCCCAGGGCGAGUUCCAGGAGGGGCUAUUAAUGGAAGGCAAGGACUGUCACAACUAA